ACAUGCAUUUAAGAAUAUAUUUAUGUUUUUAAUUAUCCGUGUGCAUUAUUUGACUGAGGAAAAAAGAGAAACGUUUUUAAAAGUGUGCUCAUAUUUUAUGUAGCUUUCAGGACCUGUCUGUGGCGCGGGAAAUGAACGUGUGAAUGCAGCCUGCAGCAGGCGGCACUUUGUUCUGUGCAGAGCUGCAGCUCGGUUUGUUCCUGUGUGGAGACUUUAUCGAGAAAAAUGCCAUUUACACGCUCCAAGGUGCAGGCUGUCCAGCCUCCAUCCACCAGGAUGAACUUGAGGAGCUUCCGCAGUGUCCCAUUGGUUCCCAUGGAGAGCUCAUCUUCAUCUGAUGACAGCUGUGACAGUUUUGGUUCGGAUGGCAACUUUGUAAACACGAAGCGCGGCCUGAGGAAGACACCAGAGAAACCAAAGGUCUUUGGGGCGUUGUUGGAGGAGGACACAUGCACUGGGUUUGAGAAUGCGAUCAGCAGUCACCUGAGUGCCAUGAAAGUCGACUCCGACUCUGCCAGGCGCCAACGCAGAUCCAACAUCCUGAAGGUGGCGAUGGCAUUUCCCACCAAAAAAACGGGUAAGAAGAGACCCGCUUCUGAACCCCUCCCUCAGCCUAAAGUGGCGCAGUCUGACUCCGAGGAGGAGGAGGACAACUUCAUGGAUAAAAGAGCCUUGAAUAUCAAAGAGAACAAAGAAAUGCUUGCAAAACUUAUGGCGGAACUGAAUAAAGUACCCGGCCUCUUCCCAGGACGGACGGCGCCCCGGCAGGCACCGCGUCGCUCUAUGGGAACCCCGGCAGCAUGUAGGAGGAACCUGGAACGUCUGUCUCGACCUCACACGCGGUCUCGCACGCUUGUGGUCGGAACCGCGAGCCCGACUCCGGAGGAUGAGGAGGAGUCUGAGGACAAGUUCAGCCUGGUUCGUAGAAGCCGCUACUAUGAAGAGGUGGAUGAGCCGCCUCGCCACCGUUGCUACACCGGUUCCAAGGCCAUACCUCAUGUUGUGCGUCCUGUUGAGGACAUCACAGAGGUGGAGCUGCAGCGCAUUUGCACCAACGUCCGGGAGAAAGUCUACAACAGCUCCACGGGGUCUACGUGCCACCAGUGCCGUCAGAAAACGACUGAUACAAAAACCAACUGUCGCAAUCCAGAAUGUCUCGGGGUGAGGGGUCAGUUCUGUGGCCCGUGUCUUCGGAAUCGCUAUGGAGAGGAGGUCCGAGAUGCCCUCCUGGAUCCGGAGUGGCAGUGCCCACCGUGCAGAGGGAUCUGUAACUGCAGCUUCUGCCGCGCUCGGGAGGGCCGCUGUGCUACGGGAGUGCUGGUUUACUUGGCCAAGUAUCACGGCUUUGAUAACGUGCACGCCUACCUGAAAAACUUGAAGAAGGAGCUGGAGGAGGACGGCGACAAGUGAAGUGAGGCGACGGCGAACCCAUGAGACGACAGAAACAAUCCAAAUACUGUUCGUGGUUACGUGUUGUUAGAUGACUGACGUGAAAUUUUACAUGGUUUUGACUGACUGUGACACAAUGAAAAGAGACGUGAUUGCCAUUUAACUGUUGUUCUAAUCGCCUUAAUUGAUCCGUUAAAGAUGCAUCCACUGAUUCCAGAAUAUGUUUUGGGCU